AUGAGUGAGUGGUAUCCCGAACUCCAAACAUUGAAUUUGUUUGCUGCGCCAAUAUUCACAAUCGAAUACCCAAUCGUCAACAUAUGCGCAAAGUCUCCAAACGACUAUGUGGCUGUCACCAACGAUGGUAAAUUUGUCUCAAAGACUCCAAAGGUCCAACACGAACCGCAAGGUUUGAAAGAGCCAGUCGUAUCGUCUUUCUUGUUUAAAGACGACUUUUAUGUCUCAACAAAUACCAAACUCUUUAAAAUAGGUAAAAACAAUACAACUACUGAAGUGUUAACUUUUCCUGAAAAUUUAAUAGCAGUGGGUGCGUCUGAUGAACAUAUAAUGGUCUCUUUUAAAGACUCUGUCAAGAUUUAUUCAAAAGAGUAUAAUGAGGAAAAAACACUGAAAAUACCAAAUGUUAUUGACUUCGCUUGUUCUGAAGACACUUUAGGGUUUCUGUGUAAACAAGGUGCAGAAUUUGUCGACUCGAAGACCUUUGUAAAUCGCGCAAAGAGAUAUUUUUCUGGAGGAUAUCUUAAAGUAUUAGAUGACUACACUGCAAUUGCGAUUUCUCAGGAUUCGCAAUAUGUUGCACUUGGAAACGUUAAGGGGUGUGUCACUGUGUUGACAAAAGGCGAAGAGCAAUACACCUAUUAUGUCCACUGUGACUCAACUAUAAAAACCAGUGAAAGAGUUGUUAGACUUGGUUUCGCCCCAAAUGGUAAUUUAAUAAGUGUUUCGGAGAAAGGAACUGCCGUUAUUGUCGACCCCAAAGCGAAAGAAUUAAAACAGGAAUUUAAGACAAUUCUAAAAUAUGAAACAAUCGAUGAAACGCAAUUAGAAAAAGUGUUGUGUUCCAAUUUAACGAAAGACAGAAAUUGUUUGUUUGCGUAUCAAAAAGAUGGGAAGUCGUUUAUUUACACGGUUUAUUGGAACUUUGGUGGGUAUUGUCCGGCUUUUUCACAUGGAGGUACAUGGGGAAGUGGUGUUCCAUUGAAAUUAGUGCGAGCUUCGAAAAAGCGUGCGAGGAAGAGUAAAAAAGCGAAGAAAGAAGAUGAAGAAGUAGAAAAAGUGCCAAAAAAGCGCGUUGUUCGCAAGCGGCUUUCAAAAAAGGUUUUAAAAAGGAGUGACGACGAAAUUGAGAAAGAAGAUGGGACUGAAAGUGAUGAAGAAAAGCCCAAGAGAAAGACACGAAAAAGAGAACCUGUUGAAAUCAAAAAGGGUUCAAGUGGGGUAUAUGUUAAGAUCACUGGAGGAAGCCCUUCAGAAGAGGAGAAUCUGAAGAAUGAAAUCCACAAAAAUGGCCUCUUUACUGUUUCAAGUAUUGGAGGGAAGUAUGACAUAGUAGUCACAUUCCAUGAGAGAAGGACAUCGGAAGUCAUUGAGGGGAUAGUACAAGGAAAACAAGUUGUUGGUGCGGAGUGGGUGAAGGCGUCACAUAAGUUAAAAAAGGUUGAGAAGUGUGCCAAGUACGAAAUUGAUAAAUUUUCGGGAGCCGGUCAUGUUGAUGAAACGUUGUUUGACGGGAAGGUGAUAUGCGUCUUUGGAGAGACUAAAGUACCCAAUCAAAUAAUUGAGAGGUGGAUCACAAUGUUGGGGGGAGAAGUCACACUUCGUCCUAAAAACGCGCACUACGUGGUAGCAGGAGAGACAUUCAUGAAGUGUGACGCCACAAGAAGAACACUUGGGUUUUGUGUGAAAGAGGAAUGGUUGUAUGAUUCCAUUUGCAAGAUGACACUUGUUGAUGUCUGUGAAUAUUUGGUUGAUGGAAUUAAGAAAGAAAAUCGUGAAAAAAUAGCAAAGGGGGAAGUUGGCGAUAAAGACGUUGAUAUGUCACUUGCAAAAAAUAGGCGCAAAGCAAUAAGAUCAGAAAGUGCAAAAUGA